AUGUCCGCUCCAACAUUCCGACGAUCCUUCACCACCCUCAACGCCUGCCUCAGCAAGCAGGCGCAAACUUCCUCGGCUCAAAUCUGUCGCCGCAGCGGCAUCACAUUGCAGAUUAAAAGCCCGUUUUUGGCGCUAACAGCUACCCGUGCUGGACAGAGGAUUCUCUGUACAUCAUCGAGGACAAGUGUGCUCGCGCCUUUGCGCCCCAACUUCACCCCCCAGGAAUUUGCCCGCCGGAACAGCGGCAAAAGCGAGCAGGGCUGGAAGCAAUGGAAAUUCGAAGACAUUAAUGCCUCCCUCCCUGCCGACACCCCUAACUCCCCCUCCCAAACCCCGCAAAAGAACCUAAUCCUCGUCGACGUCCGCGAACCCGCCGAACUGAAAGGCGGCAUUCUCCCCUCCGCCGUCGCCGUCCCGCUAGCCUCCCAACCAGACGCGCUAUUCCUGUCCCCCGACGAGUUCGAAACGCGGUUUGGAUACCCGAAGCCUGGUGUUGAGGGAGAGGGGGAUAUUGUGUUCUAUUGUAAGGCUGGGGUUAGGGCGCGGGCGGCGGCGCAGUUGGCUGUGCAGGCGGGGUAUGAUGUUAAUAGGGUGGGGGUUUAUGAUGGGAGUUGGUUGGAUUGGGUGAAGAGGGGUGGGAAGGUUGAGGAGUGGGAGGGGGAAGAUUAUUGA